AUGUCAACAAUCACAUUUCAUUGUAUAUUCAGAUCUAAAUACAUUAGACAAAUGAUAUUCAAUCAUAUUAAUGAUAUAUCAAAACAAUUGUAUCAAAGAUCAUUGGUAGGAAGAGACAUCAUCAAAUUACCUCUUCUUGAAAUGAUAUCAAUCUACGCAGUGCCGUGGGACUUUAUUCGUCAUUAUCUACCAACUGAUAUUGAUCAAAUACAAUUAAAAGGAGUGAUCAGUAAAUACUGUUGUCAUGACAAUGCAACAUUGGAUAAAGUCAAACAUCUAUUGGAGUGGUCUCACGUUGACUUUGAUUGGGAUCUCUUUAAAAGUAAUGAUUUCCAUUUAGUCUUUAGAUCUGGUAUCAUUAUGCACACCGGUGGUAGUAGAUUUAUAUCAUCAUCGGCCAGCAUAGCAGAUCAUUUUAACAACUACACAAUUUCAUUCAUUCGAUCAUUGGUAUCAUCAAUCACUACUACAGAUAUGGAUAUCAUUUCAUUCUAUUCUUGA